GCAGUUCAUUGGUGACAGCUGUCAAAACAAAACAAAAAUGACAAGAAAUACUUAUUUGUUUGCAUUCUAUGCUAACGAAAGAAAUGGAGAAUAUCGAUGCUAUAAUUAUAUCUUCGUACAUAAACAAAAUAAAUAGAAAUUGAUUAUUUUUUCCCUUUUAAAAUAAAUUAUAAAAAACAUGAUAUAUUUUAUUUGUUUGCUAUAAUCAUUUUCAAUAAGUUUAUUCGAUUAAAUAACCAUUUCCAAAUAUUUAAUUCUGAUCUGAAUGGUCACCCUGUUUGACGUUUUUAAUUUGUGUAUUGUUUUGUGCAUUUUCUACUUUCAUUCGAAUGUACAAGUACAUUCAUCUUGAAAGAAUGGCUGACAAAUAAAAAAAACAGUUCCAGAAAUCAGCUGGUCAAAGUUCUUGUGCGAAAUAGUAAUUUACAAAUGUGAAAAAAAACAAUUGACUGUGUUUAUAGCAAUUGUAAAUGAAUCUAAAUGAGUGCAGUAGAAUAAAAAUUAAUGAACUUAUGAAACUGUGUUACGCAUUAUGCUAUACUUGUGAAUUUUAAAUAGUUCACGACUCAAAAAGCCAUUGUUGUGAGGUUUUAAGAAAAAGUUGCGAGUGUUUCCAAAUUACAAUGACAUGUAUCUGGAAAAAUGGGGUCUCAAACCAUUGAAAUACUUCGUCAAGGUGUUUGGGCAUCUUUUACUGGUGGCUGGUUCUAUGACCCUCAUCAAAAUAUCUUUUGCAAUGCAAUUCACCUCUAUUUAUUUCUAUUUCUGUUGUGUACGCCGUUUGUUACAUACCUAUAUUUCUCGAGAACUGUUGCAUCAUGGACUGUUUAUUGUUGUUCUGCGGCAACAACAAUAAUCGCAGUCAAACUCGUCAAUUUGAUAUUACAUGUUAUGUACGACCAAGCACAAAUCGUAUCCGAAAAUAAUUCAAAAAAACCUGUAAAAGUACCGCAAGAAACAUCUGGCACCGAUGAUGGAGGAAUCGAAAUGCAAAUAUUGGCUCCGAAUAGUAUGGUUGAUCCAACAUCGAGGACAUCAAUUGAAAACAACAAUAAUAACAGCAAUGAAAUUAGUCAAGCAAACAGUGUGAUUUCAAUCGAUUACCCAGCGGAACAAAAUACCAGCACAAUUGACUUGAAAGUAGACGUUCAUCGGAAAAACAGUUCAGAAUCGUCAGAUAGUUUAACAGAAGUUCCAUCUAAUCAUGGAAAUGGGGUGGCAGCGCAACACGUUGAUCGAAGAUCUAUAAUAAUGAAGACAAAGUCCAAAUCAGAAGAUACGUCCACAAUGACGGCCGCGGAUGCAACAAAGGAGCUUCGAUUGGUAGAUGAGGGAGACUUGUUAUCUCGAUCAGAAGAAAGACGAGAUAAAUUUGUUGACACUGAUGGUGGUGGUUUGCAACGAAUAAGUGAUAGUAAAAAGCGAAUGCGAAGCAAAUUGCAAAGACAAACAUCGCUUGACUCCAGUGGACCGGAUAUGAACAAUUUUCCCGUACGCAGGCCUGUAUCAUCGAACCACUUACAUAGACAACAACAUCAUGGUAGCGGUUUCUAUCAUCCCAAUCACUUGCCAUCGCUAACGCCUGAAAUGUAUUUAGAGCCACAUUUUACGACAAAAUCUGAGCUAGCUAUCGAGCGAUUUGUUAGCGGAUCUAAAAAGGCUCCGAUGCGAAAAGACUCAACGUCAACAAUGUCAGCUAUUCAAUUGCCCACAAAUUCGGGCGCAUCAACGUCAUCGACAACACGGCAACGUCGAUAUUCCAAUACUGCAAAAACACAGCAACAACCACUGACAUCAGGAAUGGUUUCUGUGCGAAGAAUAAAAAGUACAGCUCUGGAAAAAUGCUGCCCACAGCCGUCAUAUUCGAAUCUGUCGCCUCAUCCAAACAGCGUAGAAACCAUUAAUGGUCGUCCUUUACGGAAUCCACCACACGCCAUUUUGCCUCCUCCGAGUAAAUCUCUUGUUAGGAAUCAGCAUUUGAAUUUUUUCCCCAAAGGAACAAGCGGAAGUAUUGAACCUGUGUAUCCGAUCGCUGAAAUUGUCGAUGAAAAAAGCUUAAAUGAAAGCUUUGUUUUAACAUCGGAAAGUGAUGACGACGCACUUUCAGGAUCUAAUGACGAAGACGACAAUGACAACGACGAUGAAGAUGAUGACGAUAAUGACAAUAACUUUGCCGUUACAGUUCAGCACCAAUUGAGCUCUAUGCACAAACUUUCAUCGAAGACAAAAUCAAUGUCUUUUACAGAGAGAAGGCGCCAAAGAACGACACCAGAUAAUGAUAGCUCAAAUUCAGUGAAAAAACACUCUAGUGAAUUGGAAAUAGACCGACCCAGAACACAUUCAACCGAUUCAGAAAAUGAAAUGAAUAAUGGGUCACAGUCUCCGUUACUUGAGACAAGAGCGAGAACUUCAAUCUUCAGAUCGAAUUCUCCGAAAAACGAAUGUGAUACAAAGACUAAUGACAACGAGAAUGAACCAAAAACAGAUGGUACAACAGCAAAUACAGAUGGUGUAGAGGAUGCAUAUGAUGCAGAGGAAGGUGCAGUGGGUGGUGUGAAUUCAGCAUCGAUAAUUGUACCGAAAAGCGAAGAUUCUGGUUGUCCGUCAAGCGAUUGUGAGCAAGCUAGUGCGAGUUCGAAGGAUAUGCUGCUGUCGAAGAAAUCGAAAUCGUCAGAGAGGAAUUGGCAUGAUUUCAACAUGGAUGCAAACACAAUUUCUGUUGAUUUAACCGAAAAUGCAUCGAGUGCAACCAAAGAAGCUACAACAAGUGCAGAACCGCAAGAUCAAAAACUGGCUAAAGACACGUCAAAAAGUUUAGGUGCAAUACCAAAAACUAGUUUUUCACGAUAUGAAAUGAAUGAAGAGACAAAAAAUGGAAUGAAGACAAAUCAACAUGAAGGUCACGAUCAUAACUGUGGAACUAAUACAAAGUCUCUGAGUCAUGCUUCCUCUGCCAAUUCGCUUAGUGGCGGUAGCUAUAACUCUUCAAAUUCAUUAAAUAAAAAUGUUCUCCAGGUUAUGCAACAAACCGAAGAUGGAUGGGUUUUGCAGAGUGCAUCUCCAAACAAUCCAUAUUUAGUAGCUCAACGUGGCGAACUGUUGCCCAUAUACAAUAAUAAUACUCGUCAGGAUAAUAUUUUUCCAGUUUCUAGGAAACCAUAUUUAUAUCUUCAUCAACAACGUCAAUACCAUCCAAAAAUUCGAUCUACACGUAACCGUAUGCAAAAUUCAUCUAUUGAUACAACAGCAAGCAGUCGCGAUGAAGACGAUUCAAUGUCUAUGACUGGUGCUACUGGCGGUGGAAGUAUGGGAUUUGAUAUGAAAAUUUCGGAGCGGCUUAGUACAUUGUUCUUUCCUGAACUCGCUGAAAAUCAAACGCUUGGCGCUCAAUCAACCCAGCGAUCGACGAUAAAUCGAAUGACAUUUGCAGACUCAAUGUUUUGGGGCCAUUGUAAUUUGCCGAUAGACAAAAAAGUACAGCCCAAGCGAUAUUACAAGUUUCCCAUAAAAUGCCUAAAACGCGAGAUAAAAAUAUCCAUGGAUCGAUUGCAGCUAUUGGCACUUUUUGAUCGUGAUUGUGGAACUUGUCAGGCAACCGCUUCGAUUUUAGUCGGAAUUUGUUGUUCAAUACUGGGAGCAGUUGUACUUCAGUUGGACUUUUACAGGGAUAUUUUUGCAUUCAUCUUCUGCUUUGUUAUGGCAGGUGCCCAGUAUAGCCUGUUGAAAAGCGUGCAACCAGAUGCCUCUUCGAGUACGCAUGGAGAUGAUGCCCGUUAUUCCAGACCAAUUUAUUUUUGCUUGUGCACUUCAAUAUUGAUACUGUCACACCAUUUUUCUACAUUUCCAAAAGAUGAAAAUCAGCUGACAUUGUUCGGAAUCCCAUUUUCCACACGCGGAUUUUUCUACUCCAUCCAAGAAAUCAUGUCAAUUAUUCUGUUGUUGUUUCCAGUACUCUUCAGUCUUGGUUUAUUUGCACAAGUCAAUACAUUCUUAAUGUACGCUUUGGAACAGUUCGAUAUGCAUUUGUUUGGUGGGAAUGCUGUUUGUAGCUUGAUAUCUGCAUUCUUUGGGAUUUUCAAAUCAAUCAUGGCUUGUUGCAUGCUGUAUGGAUUCGCUCUUGGUGGUUUAUCGGAACCACGAUCAACGCAACACGUCCUAUUUUCGUGUUUCUGCGCAUUGCUUGUAGCGAGUGCAUAUCAUUUGUCUCGUAGUAGUGCGAGUGAUUUCACGUAUCUAUGGGCAAUAAUCCAAUCCAGUUUCAUAAUUAACCAUGACGAAGAUGAAGAACUGAGAAGAGCUACCAAACUAAGCAAGUUCGAGAAAAACAAGCCAGUCAAGAAGAAAAAUGAAAGUAAUAUCAAAACUAAGAUCAGUAUUAAUGAUAAAGAACGUCAAACCGAAGGUAAUCAGACCGGUUCAAGUAAUAUACAAUUCGAUAGUAGUGAUGCACAAAAAGAUUCUAACGAAUCAGUUGCCAUCGAUUCGGGAAAUAUGUCAGAACAAAAAGUUAUUCUGACAGCCGAAGGUGAAGGAGUUUUGGAAAAAGAAGAAUUAGACGAUCCAUUGCCAAGUAAACUCAAAAACACUGUAAACGCAAGACUCAAAAACGAUUUUUUAAUGUGUACAGUGAUUGGGACGAUUGUCUUGAGUUUACAUAGCAGCACUGUUUUCACAGCUCUUCAGCCCGAAUUGAAUCCAGUUCUUCGGUCAUUCGUAAUUGUUCUUGGAUUCCUUCUUCAUUACCUCAUACCGCAAAUGCGAAAGUAUUUACCCUGGCUAUGCUUUGCCAAACCAAUUUUGAAGCAGAAAGAGUACGGCAUGUACGAGACGAGCGAAGCAGCUAAAAUAAUGUGGUUCGAAACAUUAUUCGUGUAUUUAUCAUUUGUGGAGAAGAACAUUCUACUACCGUUGAUAUUCAUAAGUGCGCUUACAUCGGACUCAGUGCUAAUUUCACAAAAAUUCGGCAUUCCAAUUGGGUCGGCCAUUGUCGUUUUAUGUGGACUUAAAAGCAUCCGUAGUUCAUACUCUGAUCCAUCAAGUCAAUACAUUAUCAUUUUAUUUACCGUGCUGUUUUUUGGGAAAGACUACAAGGCGGCAAGUGAAACAUUUUUGAUUGACUACUUUGUUGUUUCUAUCGUGUACAAGAAAACAUGCGAAUUUCUUCUAAAGCUACAAUUUAUUGUCACAUAUAUUGCUCCAUGGCAAAUCACCUGGGGAUCUGCUUUCCACGCUUUUGCUCAACCUUUCAGCGUACCACACUCAGCAAUGUUGUUUCUUCAAGCUGUGAUUAGUUCACUUUUGUCCGCUCCAUUAAUUCCGUUUUUGGGCAGUGCAAUAUUUCUAACGUCUUAUACAAGGCCUAUUAAAUUUUGGGAGCGUGAUUAUAACACAAGACGAAUCGAUCAUAGUAAUACUCGGUUAAGUUCACAUUUGGAGCGCGAUCUUGGAGCUGACGAUAACAAUUUAAACAGCAUUUUCUACGAGCAUUUAACUCGAUCUUUACAGCACUCGUUAUGUGGUGACUUAUUGUUGGGUCGAUGGGGAAAUGUUAGUCAAGGCGAUUGCUUUGUGUUGGCGUCCGACUAUUUAAACUGUUUAGUUCAUAUAAUCGAGUUAGGAAACGGUUUAUGCACAUUUCAAAUGAGAGGAUUGGAAUUUCGGGGCACUUAUUGUCAACAGCGUGAAGUUGAAGCAAUUUCAGAAGGUGUUGGAGAAAAUGAUGGAUGCUGUUGUUGUUCUCCGGGUCAUUUACCAAAUUGUUUAAGCAUAAAUGCAAUGUUUUCUACGAGAUGGCUGGCUUGGCAGGUGGUUGCCUCUCAAUACAUACUGGAAGGUUACUCAAUCUCAGAUAACUUAGCACAGGCCACACUACAAGUUUACGAGUUUCGCAAAGUUCUCAUCACUUACUAUAUAAAAUGCAUCAUCUAUUACACCAUUCGAUCACCAAAGCUUCACAGUUGGUUAGCUUCGCAAGCAAUUGAAGAAGCACUACAAGGAACGCAGGAUAGGUCAUUUGUUGACUUGGAUCCUAUAUUCAACCACAAUUUGGACGAAGAUUUUGAUUUUCGUGCGUCAGGAAUCACGAGGUCUUCAUUUUGUUCAGUUUAUUUUGAUUGGAUCCAAUUUUGCUACGAAAAGCGUAUUGAAGUGCAUAAAUCAAAGCAUUCAAGAUCACAGGAAGAGCAACAAAAAUCAAGGGGCCAGUCACAAAGUUUUCAUAGAAGUCAAACGGAGAAUCUUAGUGGAAUAUCAACAAGUGAAACAACCGGUGGAUCUCCAAAAUCAUCUAAUAAUCAAACACCAUCACCACGCAUAUCGAAAUCUGAUAAAAAUAAUGACAACAACCCACAAGCACAACCAACCGAUAUUACUCAGAAAUCAACUCUAAUUUCCUUGCUGUUGGCAUUAAGUCUGUUAGCGCGACGAACAUUAGCAACAGCGACGCACACACAUAGUUCAUUAUCUGGUGUCGAAUUCUUUUUACACGGAUUACACGCCUUAUUUAAAGGAGACUAUCGCAUAACAUCAAUCAGAGACGAGUGGAUCUUCCUCGAUAUGGACCUCUUGCAUACAGUCGUUGCACCUGCGGUGAAAAUGUCUUUAAAAUUGCAUCAAGACCACUUCUUAAGCCCAGAAGAAUAUGAGGAUCCCGCUGCACUUUACAAUGCAAUUACAACGCAUACCAAUGAAUUGGUAAUUUCACACGAGGCAGAUCCACUUUGGAGGAAUGCUGUUUUACGGGGAGCACCCCAAUUGCUUGCAUUAAGACACAUUUUGGAGGAGGGUUCCGAUGAAUACCGUUUGAUUCGUCUCAGCAAACGGUAUUUAAGCUUUCGCGUAAUAAAAUUGAAUCGGGAAUGUGUUAGAGGAUUGUGGGCAGGCCAACAACAAGAGUUAAUUUAUUUACGCAAUCGAAAUCCAGAACGAGGAAGCAUUCAAAAUGCAAAACAAGCCCUACGAAAUAUUAUCAACUCCUCUUGUGAUCUUCCACUUGGCUAUCCAAUUUAUGUAUCACCCUUGUUACCAUCGUACGCGGAAACGAAUGAACAGCUGUGCAAAAUUGUCGGUGGAGCGAUAACUUUGGACAAAAUAAAAAAUAUCGCAUGGAGAUUUUGCCAACAUGUGCGCCAGAGAUUCAGCGAGGGUUGCUCUAGUGGUUCAGCCACUCUAGAUACCGAGGUGGGUGAUAUUGGUGUCUAUUAUGCUCCGAGCAACACACCAAAUAACACCAUUUCGGCUACGACUGGCACUUUAUCUUAUGGCAGCCAGAGUCUCUCAGGUGCCGGAACGCGUGGUAGUGUGGCAAGUAUGGGCAAGCCAAAUAAUUCUACGUUACUUGCUGGAUUUCUGAAUCGUGAACGAGAACAAGAACGGGAGAGUAUAAACUCAGAUCGCUCGGGAAUGGGUGUGUAUAGAAAACGAGCCUCUGUGAUUACAAAAACAGAGCAAGAUCGUCGAGCUACAUUUCCAAGCAGCAGUCCAAUAGAUAUAAUUGAUAGUAAAGAAAUGGAUACGUCAAUAUCGGGCAAUAAGUCGCAUAUUAGCCCAGAAACUUCAAUGUUAACGGCUUCAUCAUCUCCAAAUCCAACAAGUUCAAGAGCGUAUCGACCAAAUAGCUCAUUUUCUUCGGGUAAUUUAAGCACACGUAAUACAAAUCGUACACUUAUCAUAUCAGAGCGAAAAUCAAAGUCAGAAGAACGUCAAUCUAGCCAUGAUAACGAUGCAUUUGAUGUCACCAUGCCUGAAACAAAAGGAAUUUUACUUAGCACAUCGAUAUCACUACCAUCAACUACUCAAACAUCCGCCACACUAUUGGACACAGUUCCAAAAUAUUCCAAUGCAUCAUUGAGUUGUAUGGCUUCUUCUAAUAAUUCAUCAAUCUUGCCAAGUCCUCCUAAGAUUCCGCUUAAUCGCAAAGUUAUCAUUGUAUCAACAUUGGAAAUUUAUGACUGUUUAGAUUUAGGGCGUAGAAUCGAUGUACUAUGGCCAAACGAAUGCAUGCGAAUGAAUGGCGGACGCUCAUCGUGGAAAAAAUCAUUGUGGGAGCCUCAAGAAGGCAUGAUUGGAUACACAAGGCACUUUUGGCAGCCACUACAUCCUAAUAAACGAUUCCGAUCAAAUUUCAAUCGGACGUUGUUUUUAGUUCAAAUUGGCGAACAUUUUGUUCCGGUCAGUGAAAAUGGAGUUAAAGAAUAUAAUACAAUAGGUAUUGAUGAUCGUUUCCGUAAUGUUGCUCCAACAUUUGAAGUAGAAGUACCAGCGGAGAAUGAAAAUGAUUCGGAUACAAUUUUAGAUGAAUCCGAUCAGGAGGUUGCACUAAAGGUCAAUGAAACCAAAAGCAACUUGGAAUGAACUUAGUAUUUAAUGAAAAAAAAACACGAACAAAUUUGUCGUUAAUAAUAAAUUUAGAUUAAAUUCAAUUUUCCGAAUAAAAAUUAUAAUGUAAAUAAAA